AUGUCUGAUUACAUGAAUGGUAAGGACCGCGAAGAUCAUGUGGUUCUUCUUGUGCAUUUUGGCACGGUAAACAUCUAUCAAGAAAAAGUUGGCCUUACCAAUAUGUUUGAAGCAAGUCGUCUUUUCAUGAAUUCUGAUAUUGAUGAGAUAAGAGAGUUCAAAGAAAGGUAUGUGGAGAAGGAGUUUUCUCAGUCGUCUUCCAGUAAACACUCAUGUUCUCAAGUGAUAUCCAAUGUUGAAGAACAGUUUUUAAAUGCUGGUGACUUUGUGUUCAAUGCUUUCAUUUCUUCCAUUGAAGUGGAAAAGAAGGUUGUCAUCGUUGGUACUGUUAUUGCAAUAUCAAAUAAUAAGCCUUGGUACUAUUUAGCAUGCAAUCAUUGUAAGAAACAAAUUGAAGAGAGAUCUCAGCUGGUUGAAAAAGAGGAUGGCAGCUUUGACGUUUUAGAUCAGAAUAUCAUUGAGUGUUCAAACGGUGAUUGCGAGGCUGUUGACAUUACCCCUAUUCAUCGAUACAAGAUACCUCUAAGGGUUCAGGAUUCGACAGGGACUGUGUCUUGUACGUUGUUUGAUUAUGAAGCUAUUAAGCUUUUUAAGAAAACCGCCAAACAACUCCUGGAUGUGUAUACAAAGGUUGACAGUUCGAUUGAAGGAGGCUUUCAAACACUUCCAGCUGAGUUUGAUACGCUGAUCAACAGAAAGUUUGCUUUUCAAAUCAAAGUUUCCAGUUAUAACAUUGCUAACCAGUCGGAAAACUAUGGUAUUUCUAUGUUAUCUUCUGACGAUGACAUACUCUCAGCGCUAGAGAAAAAAUGGAAAAUUAACGAGGUUGAUCAGUCUGAGUCAAAUGUUCAAUCACUGUCUGAUUCGGUCAGUAAUGUAAAAUUCAUAUCUAAGGAAUCACAAUCUGUAAUUGGUGACAAUGUUACACCAGAACAUGUUGAUGUUGCCGAUCAUGGUCAGUCAAAGUUGGAAAACGUCAAACGUAACCUUCAAGAAGUUUAUGAUGUUGAUGCUGUUGACAGUUCUUCAAGUAAACGUCCGAACAUUCCGGGUGAUGUUGAAAUAAAAGAUGCUAUCAAGUUUGACCUCAUCACUCCAAAGUUAGAGAAAUGAAGGAAUCUGCCCUUGGUCUAGAUUUGAAUUUCCAUUUUACAUAUUUUUAAGACUUAUGAGUUGGAAUAAGGCAUUAUAUGCUAUUGAU